UCGCGCUGACUGCCAGGGCGGCGACGCGCUUGACCUGCCAGUUUCCCUCUGGGCCGUCCAGCGCCUCCCGACCAUGCUUCGCUGGCUGCGGGGCUUCGUGCUGCCGGUGGCGGCCUGCCAGGACGCGAAGCCGCUCACGCGCUACGAGAACCUUUUCCAGCAGCUGGACCGCAAUGGGGACGGGGUGGUGGACAUCGGCGAGCUGCAGGAAGGCCUCAAGAGCCUGGGCAUCCCCCUGGGCCAGGACGCCGAGGAGAAAAUUUUUACUACUGGAGAUAUCAACAAAGAUGGGAUGCUGGAUUUUGAAGAAUUUAUGAAGUACCUUAAAGACCAUGAGAAAAAGAUGAAACUGGCUUUUAAGAGUUUGGACAAAAAUAAUGAUGGGAAAAUUGAGGCUUCAGAAAUUGUCCAGUCACUCCAGACGUUGGGUCUAACUAUUUCUGAAAAACAAGCAGAGUUGAUUCUUAAAAGCAUUGAUGCUGAUGGAACGAUGACCGUGGACUGGAAUGAAUGGCGGGACUACUUCUUAUUUAACCCUGCUACGGACAUUGAGGAAAUUAUCCGUUUCUGGAAACAUUCUACUGGAAUUGACAUAGGGGAUAGUUUAACUAUUCCAGAUGAAUUCACAGAAGAUGAAAAAAUAUCUGGACAGUGGUGGAGGCAGCUUUUGGCGGGAGGGGUUGCUGGUGCUGUCUCCCGAACAAGUACUGCCCCUUUGGAUCGUCUGAAAGUCAUGAUGCAGGUUCAUGGGUCCAAAUCAGACAAAAUGAACUUAGUUGGUGGCUUUCGACAGAUGGUGAAAGAAGGAGGCAUUCGUUCCCUUUGGAGAGGAAAUGGUACAAAUGUCAUUAAAAUUGCUCCUGAGACAGCUGUUAAAUUCUGGGCAUAUGAACAGUAUAAAAAAUUGCUUACUGAAGAAGGACAAAAAGUAGGAACCUUUGAGAGAUUUAUUUCGGGUUCCAUGGCUGGAGCAACUGCACAGACUUUUAUUUACCCCAUGGAGGUUUUAAAAACCAGACUGGCUGUAGGCAAAACUGGACAGUACUCUGGCAUAUAUGACUGUGCCAAGAAGAUUUUGAAACAUGAAGGCUUUGGAGCUUUUUACAAAGGUUAUAUUCCCAACCUACUAGGCAUCAUACCUUAUGCAGGCAUAGAUCUUGCAGUAUAUGAGCUCUUGAAGUCCCACUGGCUAGAGAAUUUUGCAAAGGACACUGUAAAUCCUGGAGUCAUGGUGCUGUUGGGAUGUGGUGCCUUAUCCAGCACCUGUGGUCAGCUGGCUAGUUACCCCCUGGCUUUGGUGAGAACUCGCAUGCAGGCUCAAGCUAUGGUCGAAGGAGCCCCGCAGCUGAACAUGGUUGGCCUCUUCCGACGAAUAAUUUCCAAAGAAGGAGUAAGAGGACUUUACAGGGGCAUCACCCCAAACUUUAUGAAGGUGCUUCCUGCUGUUGGCAUCAGCUAUGUGGUGUAUGAAAAUAUGAAGCAAACUUUAGGAGUAGCACACAAAUGACAUGCUGAAGGUUUUGCUUUGGCGUGAUUACUGAAAUUUUUAAUGUGAUUUCUGGAGUUAUUUUCUCCUAGAAUUGCAACAAGUCCAUGGCAAAAAAAAAAAAAGCUAUAUUUUUUUUCAUAAAAGGGAGGAACAUAUUAAUGAUCACUUCAGAUAUUUUGACUUAAUUUUAUAUAUGCAAAAUUGUUUAAAAUCAUAGUUUUGAUAAGUUCAUACAGUUCACAAUUUUUUUUUUUUUAAAUCUCUUAUAUUAGUUAUUCCUGCAAACAUUUGCUCUGAAUCGUAAUUCUGAAAAAUCUACUUGUGUGAACUAAAUUUGUUUGUUGGUAGAAUUAUAAAUCAUUAAUCUGUGUUUUGGUUGGUCCAAGUUUAUGCCAAUUCUUUUAUACUUAAGUGUCUUUUUUU